CGUUGCCCCGGUGAGAAGAGAGGAACCGAGCCCCUCUCCCGCGGAUUUGCCAGUUCGGAGCAGGCUCCGCCUCGGACGCCUCUCGGAGGGGUCCUUCGGGAAUGGGAACGUAGCACGUGGGGAGAAGCAGCUGCUGCUGCAGCCGGCUGGAGUGUCAGGUCCCUUGGUCUUCUCAUCAUGCCUACCCUCUACAUUUCCCCCCACCCUGAUAAUUUCCAGAACCUCCGUGUGCUGGUGGCAGCCCGUUAUGGCCAACAGGAGCUCAAGGUGGUUGGGCUGCCUCCUGAUGCUGAAUUCAAGAACCCUUCCUUCUCCCUGCCCAAGCUCCCAGCUCUGGAAACCCAAGCGGGCAUUUAUGUAUCUGGUCCUGCAGCUGUGUCUUACCUGCUAUCUCCAGAUGCCAUGAGAGGGCACAGCCCUGAAGCCGAUGCCCUGGUGCAACAGUGGAUCAGCUAUGCUGACAUGGAAAUAGUUCCUGUGGCCUGUGCUGUGGCUUUCCCAGCCCUGGGGGUUUCCAAGCAAACUAAACAGGUGCUGGAUCGUGCUGUAGCAGAACUGCAGCAUCUCCUUGGGGUGCUGGACAGUCACCUGAAGCUUCGGACAUACCUGGUGGAAGAAGCUGUGACACUGGCUGAUGUGACCGUCGCUUGUUCUCUCUUGUUGCCGUAUAAAUACGUUCUCGACCAAACCCUUCGCACAUCUUUCACCAAUGUUACUCGUUGGUUCCUGACGUGCAUCAACCAACCAGAAUUCCGUGAUGUCUUGGGCCCAGUGAAGUUGUGUGAACAGGCCCCAGGAGAAGGUAUUCCAGAACUGGACUCUCAAGUUAUGCUGCUGGAGAAGAGGCAGCCGCAAGAGCCCCCUCCCAAAAGUGCAUCACAACUGAAGAAGGAGGCCAAAAAGAAAGAAAAACUGGAGAAAUUUCAGCAGAAGAAGGAAAAGAGUCAGCAGCAACAGGGAGAGAAGAAGCCGAAAUCUGAGAAGAAGGAAAAGAAGGAUCUCGGUAUCAUCACCUAUGACAUCCCCACCAAACCCGGGGAAAAGAAAGAUGUGACGGGUCCAAUGCCUGACUCUUACAGCCCACAGUAUGUCGAAGCAGCUUGGUACUCCUGGUGGGAGAGCCAGGGUUUCUUUAAACCAGAGUAUGGAUGCUGCAGCAUCUCUGAGCCAAACCCCAAAGGCAUCUUCAUGAUGUGUAUUCCUCCGCCCAAUGUUACUGGAUCGCUCCAUCUUGGCCAUGCCCUCACCAACUCCAUCCAGGAUGCCCUGACUCGAUGGCACAGAAUGAGGGGGGAGACCACCUUGUGGAACCCUGGCUGCGACCAUGCGGGCAUUGCCACCCAGGUGGUGGUGGAGAAAAAGCUUUGGAAGGAGCAAGGGAAAACACGACACGACCUUGGCCGCGAGCUGUUCAUCGAGGAAGUCUGGAAAUGGAAAAAUGAAAAAGGGGAUCGGAUCUACCACCAGCUAAAGAAACUGGGUUCCUCCAUGGACUGGGACCGAGCUUGUUUCACUAUGGACCCUAAACUCUCCUAUGCUGUCCAAGAAGCUUUUAUCCAAUUGCACGAGAAAGGGAUCAUCUAUCGAAGCAAGCGCCUCGUCAACUGGUCAUGCACCCUCAACUCAGCCAUUUCUGACAUAGAGGUAGAUAAGAAGGAAUUAACAGGCCGGACACUCUUGCCCGUCCCGGGCUACAAAGAGAAGGUUGAAUUUGGGGUGCUGGUCACCUUUGCUUACAAGAUCAAGGACUCAGAUGAGGAAGUGGUGGUGGCAACCACCCGUAUUGAGACGAUGCUGGGAGACACAGCAGUUGCAGUCCAUCCCAAGGAUCCACGAUAUCAGCACUUGCAUGGCCGGGAAGUCCAACAUCCCUUCACGGGACGGCUGCUGCCCAUUGUCUGUGAUGAUUUUGUAGAUAUGGAGUUUGGAACUGGCGCUGUAAAGAUCACACCAGCUCAUGAUCAGAAUGACUAUGAGGUUGGCCUGCGUCACGGGCUCGACUUCAUCACAAUUAUGAAUGAGAACGGCUAUCUUAUCAACGUUCCUCCACCCUUCUUGGGCAUGAAGCGUUUUGAAGCCCGUCAAGCAGUGCUGGAAGCUUUGAAGGAAAUGGGGCUCUUCAAAGAGGUGAAGGACAACCCCAUGGUGGUACCAGUGUGCAGCCGCUCCAAAGAUGUAGUGGAACCCCUGCUGAAGCCCCAGUGGUACGUGUGCUGCGACACAAUGGCCCAGGCUGCAGCUGAAGCCGUGCGCCAGGGUGAUCUACGCAUCGUGCCAGAUUUCCACCUCAAAACCUGGUUCAAUUGGAUGGACAAUAUCAGGGAUUGGUGUAUUUCUCGACAGCUCUGGUGGGGCCAUCGUAUUCCAGCAUAUUUUGUGACUGUUGACGACCCUUCUGUGCCAGCAGGAGAGGAUGUGGAUGGCAAAUAUUGGGUGAGUGGUCGGAGCAAGGAAGAGGCAAAAGAGAAGGCAGCGAAAGCCUUCAACGUCACCCCGGAUAAAAUCUCCCUCCAGCAAGAUGAGGAUGUCCUGGACACAUGGUUUUCCUCUGGUCUGUUCCCCUUCUCCAUCUUUGGGUGGCCCAACUCAAAUGAAGAUCUUCAGGUUUUUUACCCUGGAACUCUCCUAGAGACCGGACAUGAUAUUCUGUUCUUUUGGGUGGCCCGCAUGGUUAUGUUGGGCCUCACGCUUACGGGGAAGCUGCCCUUCAGAGAGGUUUACCUUCAUGCUGUCAUUCGAGAUGCCCAUGGCAGGAAGAUGAGCAAGUCACUGGGAAAUGUCAUAGACCCCUUGGAUGUGAUCACCGGCAUUACUCUGGAGGGCCUACAUGCUCAGUUAUUAGACAGCAAUUUGGACCCAGUUGAGCUGGAGCGAGCAAAGAAGGGGCAGAAAUCAGAUUACCCCAAUGGAAUCCCAGAAUGUGGAACUGAUGCCCUUCGGUUUGCUCUCUGUGCCUACACAUCUCAAGGCCGGGAUAUAAACCUGGAUGUGAACCGGAUUCUGGGCUACCGCUAUUUCUGCAACAAACUCUGGAAUGCCACCAGAUUUGCCAUCCGUGGUCUUGGGGAGGGAUUCCAGCCACCACUCAGCCCAGAGCUCAGUGGCUCUGAGAGCCUCAUUGACCUCUGGAUCUUGAGUCGCCUGAGUCAUGCCGUGGAGUUAUGUGAUGUGGGAUUUCAAGCCUAUGACUUCUCUGGCAUCACCACAGCAGUGUAUAAUUUCUGGCUGUAUGAGCUGUGUGACGUCUACCUUGAGUGCCUAAAGCCUGUGUUUGCCAGUCCAGACCAGGUUGCAGUUCAAACGGCCCAGAAGGUUCUUUACACCUGCUUAGAUGCUGGUCUUCGCCUUCUCAGCCCUUUCAUGCCUUUUGUCACAGAGGAACUGUUCCAGCGGCUGCCCCGAAGGUCCCCUUCCUCUGAUCCUCCCAGCAUCUGUGUCACCCCUUACCCCACAACUGAGCAGUUCCAUUGGAGGAAUGAAAAUCUGGACCACACCGUUGAAUUCAUGUUGAACAUCAUUAAGGCUGUGCGUUCUCUCCGGGCGGACUACAACCUUACCAAAACCAAAGCUGACUGUUACUUACAGUGCCUGGAUCCUGAGACAGCGGAGUCUGUGACUUGUUGCUCCGAAUACAUCCGCACUCUUUCCUCCUCCAAGCAAGUGCUGGUACUAGAGCCUGGUCAAGCACCUCCCUCUGGCUGUGCUGUAGCAAUAGCCUCUGACAAAUGCACCGUCCAUCUUCUGCUCAAGGUACUGGAAAACAAACAGGCAGCAAAAUGGUGACCGGCAGUGGAGAAC